AUGUCUCAGCAAGGAUCGUACUCCUGCCCUUCAGAGCAGUUCUCAAGCCCUCCACGCUGCCGUUCAUUGGGGCCACGUCCCUCUUUUGACCAAAGCCCAGAUAGCCCGCCGUUCCAUACUAUCUGCAGUAGUCCUGACACCUCAGACUCCUCAAUUGUCGAGAAGCUAACAUCUGAGAGAUACAACGACUACACUCGCACUCAUCGGCCAUUUUCAUCACCUAUUCGCUCGGAGCCGCGUACACGUCGCCAAGCAGAACGACGCCAGCAGGCCUUGGAAGAGAAAGCGCUUAAAAUGCGCGGUGGUCGCGACCAGAUGCAUCUGGAUGUUAUGAAACUACAAAAAGAGAGCGAGCAGCGUGCCCUGGCAGAGCAAGCCGCCGAGCACUCCUUAAAUCCGGACGCAGCAGCGGAACUUGAAUUGCAAGAGCGCGCGGUAUACCGCCGUCCCAGUACAAAUCACGACGGUGAUGAUGAUGACGAAGACGAGGAUGAACUCAUACACCUGUUAGCCGAGCGGGAAUACUGUGAACAAUUGCUACAACUCGAGCAGCAGCAGAUAGAGGAUAUGUUAGCGAGAUUCUCAAUUACAUGA